GGCCCAGUUCUGGUCCGGUCCGGGAUGAAUAUCCAGUACGAGGAGCCGAACCUGGGCAGCAGCAGCUACAGCGUGGUGGGUUCGUUCCCGAAGAGCUUCGGUUAUGGCGGGGAGGACCAGAACCAGGACCUGGACCUGGACCCGGAGGAGGCGAACCCGUCCGCCAGCAGACCCAGAAUCCUGCUGAUGGGUCUGAGGAGGAGCGGCAAGUCCUCCAUCCAGAAGGUGGUUUUCCAUAAGAUGUCUCCCAACGAGACGCUGUUCCUGGAAAGCACCAACAAGAUCUACAAGGACGACGUCUCCAGCAGCUCCUUCGUCAGCUUCCAGAUCUGGGAUUUCCCCGGCCAGGUGGAUUUCUUCGACCCGACGUUUGACAGCGAGAUGAUCUUCAAGGGAACCGGAGCGCUCAUCUUCGUCAUCGACGCUCAGGACGACUACAUGGAGGCUCUGGGCCGGCUGCACCUCACCGUCUCCAGGGCCUACAAGGUCAACCCGGACAUCAACUUCGAGGUUUUCAUCCACAAGGUGGACGGACUGUCUGACGACCACAAGAUCGAGACGCAGCGAGACGUCCACCAGCGAGCCAACGACGACCUGGCCGACGCCAGCCUGGACAAGCUGCACCUCAGCUUCUACCUGACCAGCAUCUACGACCACUCCAUCUUCGAGGCCUUCAGCAAGGUGGUGCAGAAACUCAUCCCUCAGCUUCCCACCCUGGAGAACCUGCUCAACAUCUUCAUAUCGCACUCGGGCAUCGAGAAGGCCUUCCUGUUUGACGUGGUCAGUAAGAUCUACAUCGCCACCGACAGCUCGCCGGUGGACAUGCAGUCCUACGAACUCUGCUGCGACAUGAUCGACGUCGUCAUCGACGUCUCCUGCAUCUACGGGCUGAUGGAUGGUGGCGCCGCCUACGAUGACGAGUCUCUGGCCAUCAUCAGGCUGAACAACUCCACGGUUCUCUACCUGAAGGAGGUCACCAGGUUCCUGGCCCUAGUCUGCAUCCUGAGGGAGGAGAGCUUCGAGAGGAAAGGUCUGAUUGACUAUAACUUCCACUGUUUCCGGAAGGCGAUCCACGAAGUGUUUGAGGUGGGAAGCCUUUUCGACGCCUCCAUCUGGACGUCGGCUACUUCCUCCGGCACCAAGCAGUCGGCCCAGAAGAGCCCGGUUCUGAACGGGAGCGCAGUGUAAAGUUGCUGGAGGCCCGGAAACCUCCAGAACCUCCAGAACCAGGCAGCUGGACACAGAAUUAUUCCCAGAGACACAGACAGGAAGCCGACUGGAAAACUCCAAGGUCCGGAUCCAUUUUCCAGGUUCUGUCUCGAGGAUGCAGAUGGUUCUGGAAGCUGAAAUGUUUCCCAGUAAGCCCAGCUUACUGGUUCCCAGCAGGUCCGACUGGAACCCAUAGAACCUCCGUCAGUGGAGACGGGCCUUUAUCCCUCAGUGUGAGGUUAGAGUUUAGAGUCCAGGACAGAACCAGGACUGGACCAGAACUGGUCCGGUUUAAACAGAACUGACCCAGUUUGACCAGAACAGAACCAGAACCAGAAUCGGACCAGUUUGACUCUGCUGGUUCCAACUGAAGAAGCUUUUAGCCACAGAUCAGUUUGAUGCUUUUAUUUUGGUGUGGAUUUUUAAUUAAAAGGUUCUGCAGAA